AUGGCACCAGACCGAGGAUCAUCACCACGGCCAUCGACGGAUGAGUACGAAAGAGCGGACGAUGCUGGGGACGAUGCGCCAAUCCAUGCUGGAGACCGUGACUAUCUGGCGGAGCAAGCUGCACAGCCGCAGAACUUCACGCCGCGAGGCGUUCUGGUGGGCCUCGGUAUUGGCGUCGUGAUAUGUUUUUCGAACAUGUAUUUCGGCCUGCAGACUGGAUGGGUAUCUGGCAUGGCUAUGCCCUCUGCUCUGAUUGGGUUUGCAUACUUUAAAGUUGUUGCACGCACGCUGAAGCUCCCCUUCACUCCCGUGGAGAAUGUACUCGUUCAAUCAGUCGCUGGAUCUGUUGGCACGAUGCCUUUGGGAUGUGGAUUUGUAGGCGUUAUUCCAGCGUUGAACUUUCUGCUAAAACCGGAGGAAGGUGGUCCCUUGGAUAUCAGUCUUUGGAAGCUGAUCGUAUGGUCAGUGGGUAUCUGCUUCUUUGGCGUAGUGUUCGCUGUGCCGUUGAGGAGGGAGAUGAUCAUCAGGGAGAAGCUGAAAUUCCCAAGUGGGACCGCUACCGCUCUGUUGAUCAAGGUGCUACACGGCGAGAAAGAGUCAGGCCCUACUAUCCCACACACCAGGCAGGGCGGGAACGAAGCAGGCGAUGAAUCAAGAGGACUAUUGCAAGAUGAGCGCGUCGAAGCAAGAGGCCAGGAACAAGACGACGACGACGAUGACGGAGACUGGAAAGCGAAGAUCCGACUCCUCGUCAUCGCCUUUGCGGGCUCUGCUCUCUACACGGUUGCAUCCUACUUUGUUCCCCAACUUCACGACAUCCCAAUCUUUGGCCUCCCUCUCGCAACCAAAUGGCUAUGGACCCUGAACCCAUCCCCUGCCUACGUCGGUCAAGGUAUCAUCAUGGGCCCCGCAACAACACUGCACAUGCUUCUCGGCGCCAUCAUAGGCUGGGGUUUACUAUCGCCUUUGGCAAAGCACAAAGGCUGGGCACCAGGUCCGGUAUCAGACUGGACCAAUGGCUCCAAGGGCUGGAUAGUAUGGAUAUCCCUCGCCAUCAUGCUUGCAGAUUCCCUUGUCAGUCUUGGUUGGCUCGUGAUCCGCCCCGUUAUCGCAAUCACACGCCUCUACUACCCGGUCGCAAAGGAGACAUUCCAAUCACAUACUUGGCGCGAGCUUCUAACCUUCAACAUCUCUUCUAGCCCAGGAUACACCUCCCUCUCGGAUGGCAGCACGUCCGCUAGCCCCAUUGCCGCCAUCAAAAAGCACCUCGACUCCUCCUCCGAGCCGGACGCACCACCCGAACAUCUCAUCUCCACCCGUACGACGCUCAUCGGCCUUGUCGCCUCCCUCGUCCUCUGCGUAGUCGCCGUCCACGUCUCCUUUCCCGGUCUUAUCCCCUUCCGCCUAACCCUCCUUUCUCUCGUCCUCGCGCUCCUACUGAGCAUCAUGGGUGUCCGCGCGUUAGGCGAAACCGACCUGAACCCUGUGUCUGGCAUCUCGAAGCUGACACAGCUCGUAUUCGCACUCGUCACACCGACGACUGGCCCUGGUGCGAAGAACGCCGUCAUCAUCAACCUCGUUGCCGGCGCCAUCAGUGAAAGCGCGGCACUACAAGCCGGCGACUUGUUGCAGGAUCUCAAGUGUGGACAUCUCAUUGGCGCAGCGCCGAGUGCGCAAUUCUGGGGUCAGAUGAUUGGGAGUGGCGUCGGUGCUGUGCUGUCUGCGGUUGUCUACAAACUGUAUACGAAGGUGUACACGAUUCCCGGUGGACUGUUCGAAGUGCCGACGGGGUACGUGUGGGUGUUUACGGCAAGGCUCGUCACAGGCAAGGGACUGCCGCCCAUGGUAGGGGAGUGGGCUAGUGGAGCUGCGGUGAUCUUUGCGAUAGGCACAAUGAUUAGAGUGUGGGGAACGAACAGGAAGCAGAGAGGGCUAAGUGGGUGGUGGAUCGAUUUUGUGCCGGGCGGAAUCGCUGUCGCUGUUGGCAUGUACAACACGCCCUCAUUCACCCUGGCACGCACUGUUGGCGGUCUUAUCAGUCUGUGGUGGAGGCGAUGGAAAGGCAACAGUGAGACGCCCAUCAUCGUGUUAGCCAGUGGCUUGAUCUUGGGAGAAGGGCUGUUCAGCAUCGUGAAUCUGUUGUUGGCAAGCUUGGAUGUACCCCACCUGUGA